AUGCCUGAUAAGAAAAUAAAGUGUGUGGUGGUGGGUGACGGUGCAGUGGGAAAGACCUGCAUGCUCAUCGCAUUCGUAACCAAAGCGUAUCCCUCUGAGUUCAUCCCCACAGUGCUUGAUAACUACUCUGCUACAGUGACGAAUGGUGAGAAGUACAAUCUGGGACUCUGGGACACUUCAGGUCAGGAGGACUAUGACCGAUUGCGACCCCUCAGCUACCCACAGACCGACGUUUUCCUCGUCUGUUUCUCCGUGGAUUCACCCGAAUCUUUUCAAAUGGUCACAAACAAGUGGUUGCCAGAGAUUGCACACUACUGUCCGGGGACCCCCUUCCUGCUGGUCGCGACUAAGGUGGAUCUGAGAGAUGACAGAUACACCCUGGAGAUGCUGGCCAAGAAAAACGAGCAAGUUGUGACCUUCAAGGACGGCGAGGAACUGGCUCGUCACCUGAAAGCUGUCAAAUACAUGGAGUGCUCAGCUCUUACACAGAUAGGAGUGCAGGAUGUGUUUGAAGAGGCCGUCCUCGCUGCUCUGGGGAAGUCAAGGUCCAAGUCAAGUUCCAAACCCAAGAAGUGCUGCACACAUCUAUAGAUGUCACAAGAAGUAGAACAAGAGGAAGAAAAUGUCCUUAUCCUCCUCCUCUUGGAGAAGUUGGAGGUUUGACCUGGAAGAGAUUAUUAACCUCGAUGUGAUCAAAGGAAGGAUGCUAAACACGUUAGACCAAAAACUAUAUAAAUAUCUCUUUAUUUAGCAAGCAGAGCUGAAAAUGCUCUAAAAAUACAAAUACAAAAGUAUAUUGUAUAAAUAAAAUAAUUCAUGCAGAUUUAUUAUUAAUGAGUGCAGGCAAGUCUUUAUAUACAGUAGUUUAGGUUUUACGUUGUAAUUUUUAUGCAGUAUUAAUUACUGUCAUUCACUCGCUCAUUUUUUUAAUGGACACAAACUUCUAUCAACUACUCAACUAAUAUCAUUCUCAGCCUCUACAGCUUUUUAUUGACC